AUGUCCGACCCGUACGGCUCCUUCUGGGGCGGUUUCGAGCAUCUCUCCGCACAGGGGCAGGGCGAGGCGGCGCAGGGCGGCCAGCAGGCGAACCUCUCUGCCGCGCCAGGAGCGCACCGCGACGCGCACGGGUUCGACGGCGAUGGCCCGUUCCCCGGAGCGGCGCAGUUUUUCGCCAACCUGGACUCCCACGGCGCGCAGCGGGAGCCAGAUUCGCUCGACAUGAGGCUCGGGACGUCCGGUGCAGGCCCAGCCAGCACCUCAACCGGCCUGCCCGGGCUGUCGUCGUAUGGCGGUGCCCCCUCGAGCAGCGCUCAGCAGCAGAGCUCCUUCGACGGGCUCGGCGUCGGCGGCAUGAACGCCGCAAACGGCCGCCAGGAUCUCUCGCUCUCCGGCGGCGGCCAGAUCGGACCGCUCGGCGCGAACUGGCACGCUGCGUCGCAGGGCGUCUGGGGGUCGCCCGAGGCAAGCAACCCCGUCCUCGGCGCGGGACACGGCGCAUUCGGCUCCUCGCUCUCCUCCAUGCAGCCCCACAUCUCCCACCAGCCCGCAUCGAUGGGCCUCACCCAGGCACUCGACACCUCUUCGGAGAGCCUCAGCCUCCACAACCGCCACGGCGCCGGCCUCUCGACGUCCCACGCGCCCCCGCAGAAGCCCCCGCCGCCGCGCCGGCGUCCGCGCCCGGGGCGCUCCCCGCGGCCUCCCACGCAGCCCCGGGCGCCCGCCGGGCCACAUGGGCGCGCCGGGCUUCCCCGCGGCGACGGACGCGGCCGACGCGGCCCGCGCGCGCCUCGCGCGGCACGCGCUGUCCAUCCUCGAGCGCUCCCUGGGCCACCUGAUCCUCGUGCUCGACAGCACGAGCACCGUCAUCCAGGUCGACGGCGCCCCCGAGGACUGCGUCUCGAUGCUCGGCGCGCCGACGCAGCAGGUCCUGGGCGCGCGGCUGCCCACGCUCGUGCACGUCCGCGACAGGGCGCAGGUGCUGCAGGCGCUAAAGCGCUGGGACCGCGAGGCCGGGCAGGGGCGGCAGCCGUCGUCGCUGAGCCGCUCCGUGCGGUUCCGGACCGGCCGCGACGGCACGCAGUGGCUGCAGGGGUCGUACACGUGGUUCUCGCCCGCGGGGGCCGCGCAGGGCCCGCCCUCGGCCGGCGCGAGCCUCGGGAUGGGGCUGAUGCUGCUGCGCAACAUCACGCACGAGCAGCAGCUGCUGGCGGCGUACCGCGGGUGGCGCUGGGCGCUGCAGCACACGCCGCUCGCGUUCAUCGAGGUCCGGCGCGACCGCAGCAUCAAAGCGACGGCCGGGCAGGUGCACAACAUCCUCGGCACCGCGCCCGGGCUGGUCAAGGGGCGGUCGCUGCUGGACCUCUUCGAUCCGGCGGACCAGGGCACGGUCGCGUCGAUGCUGCACCUCGACGGCGACGGCGACGCCGGGGGGAGUGA